UCUUGGUUUGCUCGUUAAGCAAAGUUACGUAAGUUUAUCACGAAUUUUGAAAGUGAAGGUUCAAAAAACAAGCGAACAGAAAAGGAGCGCAAGAGUGUGCACUAGCAGGCAGCAGAGCCUAAUGAUGAACGCCACCAAAGUAUUUUUAACAAGUACAAAAAAUAAAAUAAAAUUCUGCCGCUGUUACUGCGUUUAUAAUAAAAAUUAUUCAAUGAGAUCUAACCGUCUUGAGAGAAGAAGACAACAACAACUAAUUUCAAAGAUUUUACGAGUGGACCAUGCAGGUGAAGUUGGAGCAGAUCGUAUUUAUGCUGGUCAGCUGGCUAUUCUACGAGAAACUUCAUAUGGCCCUGUGAUACAGGAAAUGUGGGAUCAGGAAAAAGAGCAUGUUAAUAAAUUCAGAGAACUUUUACCAAAAUACAAAACUAGACCAACAGCAUUGUUGCCAUUAUGGAAUGUGGCAGGAUUUGCUUUAGGUGCGGGUACUGCAUUACUGGGAAAAGAAGCAGCCAUGGCUUGUACUAUUGCUGUUGAAGAAACAAUCGGUGAACACUACGACAGCCAGCUGCGUGAACUUUUGCAUGAAGAUCCAGAAAAGUACAAGGAGCUAUUAGAGGUGAUACAAAAAUUUCGAGAUGAUGAACUUGAGCACAUGGAAACAGGAUAUGAAUACGAGGGUGAAAAGGCGCCAUUUUAUUCUUCUCUUAAGCAAGCUAUUCAAUUUGGAUGUCGGGGAGCUAUCUGGUUAUCGGAAAGAAUUUAGUGAAUCAUAACAACGACCUUGUAUUAUAAAAUGAAUCGUGACGCAUCGUAAAAUGAGUCGUAGCAACGAGUUCGCAUCGUAAAUUGAGUCGUAGCAACGAGUUCGCAUCGUAAAAUUAGUCGUAACGAGGAAUUCGCAUCGUAAAAUUAGUCGUAGCAAGUAGCUUGCAUCGUAAAACGAGUCGUAGCAGGGAAUUUGCGUCGUAAAAUGAGCCGUCGCAAGAAUUCGCAUCGCAAAAUGAAACGUGAGAAUCCCACAUCGUUAAAUAAAUCGUAACAAGGAGCUCGCUUCCUGACACAAUGAAAGAAUUGACGAAAUAAUUGAACAAACAUGGUUUUGCGAGCCUGUCAUAUGUUAUGCGUAACCAGUAGAGCUUUUCAACUUGUCCUCCUGUGCUAAGUCAAGACACGAUUUAUACUUUGUCGAAAGUUACGACACUGAUUUAUUUGUUACAUGUUUUGUUCACAUUUUUACUGUGUUCGAUGUUUUUCUUAUUCACUUUUUGUAAUUGUAUUUGAUAAUCUCGUUCCGAUAUUAAUUCAAUAUAUUAUAUCGCAGCCA